AUGCACUCUCCUGCGCAAGCGCCAUUAUAUUUUACUUACACUGAAACGAAAACGAGGCUGCGGGCCUGCGUUAAUGAUAACAUACAAAGUAUUUUCUUUUAUCUGAUGUUCUUUCCUUUUCAUCUGUUUUCUUUCAUUCGCUUUUCACGUCAUUGUUUCAUUCUUUUCCGCUUCACGUUUUUUCUUUCUCUCUUUCUUUCUUUCUUGGUGGUGUUGUAUUUUGUUUUACUUUUCUUUUUCUCUUUCUUUUUUGUUUUAUUUCCGUUUGCUUUUAUUUAUUAUUUUCUUACUUUUCCUUUUCUGUUUUCUGGCUUUAUUUUUUUUUAUUUUUCUUUCUUUUUGUUUUCUUCUUAUUUUUUUCUUCUUUCUUUUUCAUUAUUUUUCUUCCCUCAGUUUUUCUUUCUUUUUCUUUGUCUUUCUUUUUUACUGUUUUCUUCCUUUUUUUCGAUUGCUAUUUUGCUUUUUUCUUUAUUUCUUUUUCAUUUUUCUUUUAUUGCUUUUUUCUUCUCCCGUCUUGCUUUUUCUUACUUUUGUUUCCUUAAUUUUUCUUUUCUUUCCUUUUCUUUCUCUGUUUGCUUUCCAUUUUAUUAUCCUUUAUUUAUUUCCUUAUAUUUCUUGUUUACUUUAUUUGUUUUCAUUUCUUGCUUUUUUCUUUCUGGAUUUUUUCCUUUUUUUCUUUUCCCUUUUCUUUCUUUUCUAUUUUUUCUGUUUUUCUUUUCUUUUUCUUUCUUUCUCCUUUUGCCGCCAUUACUUCUAAUUUAUUUCUUCUUUAUUUUCCUCUAUUUCUUCUUCUUCUUCUUCUUCUUUCUUGGUUUUCUUUCUUUCUGUUUGAUUCUCAAAGAACAGGGGACUCGUAAAUGUCCUACUUGUGCCGGAUCGAUCAUUCUCAAUUGA